CCAAAAUUGGCAAGGCCGAAGGCGGGGUUUAAAAGCGUCGCGGGACGAGGGCGCUUUUACAGCUUCUUUACGCGACCCACUGUAGAAGGCGUAUAGCCGAUUUCGCCAAAAAUGGCCGACCAAGCACCAGCUGAAGAGCUGGCAAAGCUCCAGGUCAAGGACGCAGCCAAGAGCAACGGCGAGGCCGCGCCAAGCAAACCGCCCGCCAACGGAGAGGAGAACGACAGCGACGGUUCCGACGAUGACGGGGAGGGCGACGAUGCCGGCGCCGCCGCGCCCGCCGCAGGAGCGGCCAAGAAGAAGAAGAGAAAGCCGCGCAAGAAGAAGAAGAAGGGCGCGUCGGCCCAGACGGAGCCGCCAAGGGUCCCCAUCUCGCAGCUGUUCGCCGGCAAGGAGUACCCCAAGGGCGAGGAGGUGGAGUACGUGAACGAGAACCGGUACCGCACCACGAGCGAGGAGAAGCGGCACCUGGACAACCUCAACAGCGAGCUGCUCAGCGACUACCGGCAGGGGGCCGAGGCGCACCGGCAAGCGCGCAAGUGGGCGCAGAAGAGCAUCAAGCCCGGGCAGUCGCUGACCGAGAUCGCCAACAACGUCGAGGACGCGGUCCGGGCGCUGGUCGGGCACCAGGGGCUCGACGAGGGCGACGCCAUGGUGGCGGGCAUGGGCUUCCCGACGGGGCUGAGCAUCAACAACUGCGCGGCGCACUACACGCCCAACGCGGGCAACAAGAUGGUGCUGCAGCAGGACGACGUACUCAAGGUGGACAUUGGCGUGCACGUGGGCGGGCGCAUCGUCGACAGCGCCUUCACGCUGGCCUGGAACCCGCGCUACGACCAACUGCUGGCGGCCGUCAAGGACGCGACCAACACGGGCGUGCGCGAGGCGGGCAUCGACGCGCGGCUGGGCGAGAUCGGCGAGGCCAUUCAGGAGACGAUGGAGAGCUACGAGGUCGAGAUCGACGGCGAGACCUUCCCCGUCAAGUCGAUCCGGAACCUCAACGGCCACACCAUCGAGCGCUUCAGCAUCCACGGCGGCAAGAGCGUGCCCAUCGUCAAGACGGCCGACCAGACCAAGAUGGAGGAGGGCGAGAUCUACGCCAUCGAGACCUUUGGCAGCACCGGCAACGGCUACGUGCGCGACGAGGGCGAGGUUUCGCACUAUGCCAAGCGCGCCGAUGCGCCCAACGUCGCCCUGCGCCUGACCUCGGCUAAGAACGUGCUGAACAUCAUCAACAAGAACUUUGGGACGCUGCCCUUCUGCCGUCGCUACAUUGACCGCUUAGGCCAGGACAAGUACCUUCUCGGUCUCAACAACCUUGUCUCGAACGGUAUUGUUGAGGCAUACCCGCCACUCGUAGACAAGAAGGGUUCCUACACGGCCCAAUAUGAGCAUACCAUUCUCCUCAGGCCAACGGUCAAGGAGGUUAUCAGCCGGGGAGACGACUAUUAAGUAAGGAUGAUGGCUAUCGAAUGGGUGGAACUUUGAUAGUGAUUUCCAGAAACCAGGCUUUCAAUGUCGCAUCGUGGCAUCGCUGGCACAUUCAUUCACCGCCUCUGGAAAAAGGAUGGGUGGAGGUGUUAUGCAAAGGGGCCUAAUGCGCGACCGUCGUUGUAGAUUGGCUUCGGUUAUUAGGGGCAUCUCAGGUUCGCCGGACCGCGACCGUUGUUGCCCUGACAUGAAAAUAGGUACUUCAGGCUUGUGCAACUUUGGGUGUUCAUGCGGUGGUGGUGACUCGGGAUUCGGACCCCUCACUGAUACGUGGUUGCGAUGCCUACCACGUUACUAAAUGGAACCCCAAGUCUAGGCCUCAGCGAUUAAGGGUUUCUUCGUCCUGUUCCUUUCCAUGACUCUAGAGAUGGAAUGCCUGCUGCUCCUCCUCUUUUC